UCUGGCAAGCACAAGAGACGGGGAAAGAUCCCGCUUCGCCGGAGACGGGGAAGGGACGGAAAGUUCGUCUCGCUGGGAUCUCCCACCCCCCCAGGCACGCGGAGGGGGCAGGCAGCCUGAGAUGCACGCCCUCCUUCCUCCCGUCGCGAACUAGCUGCUUUUCCAAAGUGGAAUUCCGCAGGAAAUUCGGAAGGAGAUCCGGAUCCGGAGAGGAGCAGGCGCCGGGGGAAAGCAACGUGGACAAGAUCGCGCAAAGAGGAAGGGGCCCGAAAGAAAAGUCCCUUUGGAGACGAUGGGGGAGCAGCCGAUCUUCAGCACCAGAGCCCACAUCUUCCAGAUCGAUCCAUCCACCAAGAGGAACUGGAUCCCGGCCAGCAAGCAUGCGUUGACGGUCUCCUACUUCUACGAUGCCACCCGCAACGUCUACCGUAUCAUCAGCGUGGGAGGCACGAAGGCCGUCAUCAACAGCACGAUCACCCCCAACAUGACCUUCACGAAAACCUCUCAGAAAUUCGGCCAGUGGGCCGACAGCCGCGCCAACACGGUGUACGGGCUGGGCUUUGCUUCCGAGCAGCACCUCUCCCAGGUAAUACUCUGCGGACCCGGCUGA